AAUCAACCUUACACUAGAUCACUAUUUGGCAGUUAUUCUCCGUUAGGGCUGUGAUACGACUGCAAAUCUCAUUCAUGAGUGACUGAAAGAGAAAGAGAGAACUAGUGGUGGAUAUUUAGGAGGAAGGGGUGUUAUCUUUCUCCUUUAUUCCACCUUUUCUGUCCUGGUCACUGCUUGCGGAAUAGAAUGGAGGCGGAAAGGUCCGGUCGAUCUGCUGGCGGAACGAACCCGAACUCGGGAGGGAGCGGCGAGGGGCACAAUCCGAACGGGCCGAAAGCCGUGCCUGGGUCAGCGACAGAACCAGCGGGGGCGACGGCUGGCUCUUCCCCGUCACGGGAUUCGAAUGACGGGGAAGCGGGCCUGUCACUGCCUGGGAUUUUGCAUUUCAUCCAAUUCGAAUGGGGACGCUUUCAGGCCGAAAAAUAUCGUUGGGAAGCCGAGAGGGACGAAUUGAGGGCUCAGGUGACCUUUCUCCAGGGGGAGAGGAAGGGCCAGGAGAACAUGAAGCAGGACCUGGUGCGCAGAAUCAGGAUGCUGGAAUACGCUCUCAAACAGGAGAGGUCCAAAUAUCAGAAACUCAAAGCGGGGAUCGAGCAGAACCCGGGAGAGAAGAGACCAGAGACAGAGUCAGAACAAGUGUCUAAUGGGCCAGCAGAGUCAGACUCAGAGCCAGCCAAUCAGAUGUCCUGGAAGGAGGGACGUCAGUUGUUGAGGAAGUACCUGGAGGAGGUGGGCUACUCAGACACUGUCCUGGACAUGCGCUCCAAACGAGUGCGCUCCCUCCUGGGCCGCGGCAGCUCCGAGGUGAAUGGGCCGCCUGGGCCACCUGGCACCGGGCCUCCACCAGAACCAGAGCCCCGAGAGGGGGGAGAGUCCCCGCUGGUCCGACAGAUUGAGGAACAGAUCAAGAGGAACGCGGGGAAGCAGAGCUCCAGAGAGGCGGGUGACGCAGAGCUGGACAGGCUGCCUUUGCUGCGGGGUGGGGAGGAUGACGAUGACAGCGAUGAGGAAGACGACUUCCAGGGCAUCGCCACCGACUGCAUCGAUGGACCACGCAAGCACACAAAGGCCCGCGUGAAGCUCGGAGCGGAGCCCAUGGUGGCUGACCUGGAUGAUGACGAUGAGGACGAGGACGAUUCUGAGGAUGCCCUUGGCGAAUUUGACUUUGUGGGCACGGGGGAGGAGGGCGAGGGAGCGGGGGAGGCUCGCGUUGCCGGGAAUGUGCGGGAUAUAGAGAACCGCAGGAACAGAAUGCAGGGGAUCACGUCGGAUUUCCGAGACGUGGACGGGCUGCCCCCCAAACCCUCCCUGCAUCCCCCCAUCCCGGGACAGCCACGCUGCAGUGAGGGGGGUGCUCUCAGCUUCUCCUCAGAUGUCUUCAUCCUGGAUGCAGUUGGGGGUGGAGACAUGAAUCUGGGUGAACUCGCUGAUCUCACCGUCGCCAAUGACAACGACCUCACCAUUGACGACAGCCGGGAGGAGUUCAAGAAGACGUGGGUCCCCCGCUUCACCCUGCGCAGCCACUUCGACGCCAUACGCGCCGUGACCUUUCACCCCAGCCAGGCCGUGCUGCUAUCGGCCUCUGAGGACGGCACCCUCAAACUGUGGAACCUCAACAAGGCCGUUCACCCCAAGAAGAACGCGGCGAUAGACGUCGAGCCCAUCUACACCUUCAGAGCGCACAGUGGGCCGGUGCUGUGUCUGACCCUUGGGGAGGAUGCGGAGUCCUGCUACAGUGGUGGGCUGGACGGCAUGGUGCGCUGCUGGAAGAUCCCUGACCUCGACACCGACCCCUACGACAACUACGACCCAGGCAUUCAGAGCAGCGUGCUGACGGGUCACGAGGACGCCGUUUGGGGGCUGGCCUUCUCCGCCUCGCAACGUCGCCUGGCGUCCUGCUCCGCUGAUGGGACGGUGCGCAUCUGGGACCCCCAGAGCUCUGACCCCUGCACCUCCAUCUUCAACAAAGAGAAGGUGCACGGGACCCCAACCUCGGUGGCCUUUGUGAACUCUGACCCCUCCCAGCUGGUGGCAUCAUUCAGUGCAGGGGAGACGGUGCUGUAUGACCUCAACAAGGAGCAGAGCAUCAUGGUCUUGGAGACCCAAAGCAAGGAAGGCAGUGAGCGCAUUAACUGUGCGGUCAGCCACCCGUCUCAACCACUCUCCAUCACCGCCCAUGAGGACCGCACCAUUCGCUUUCUGGACAACAGGACGGGUAAAGUGGUUCACUCCAUGGUGGCACACUUGGAUGUGGUGACCUGCCUGGCCACAGACCCCAAAGGGGCUUACCUCAUCUCUGGAAGUCAUGACUGCUCGGUGCGGCUCUGGACUUUGGACACUCGCACCUGUGUGCAGGAGAUCACGGCUCACAGGAAGAAGCACGAUGAGGCGAUCCACGGCGUGGCCUUCCACCCCUCUCAGCCCUUCAUCGCCAGCGCCGGCGCCGACUCCCUCGCCAAGAUCUUCGUCUGAGAGGCUGAGCACUCCAGCCUGUCCUCAAGCAGAGGUGCAGUCUGCUGCUCAGAAGUUUGGCUACCUGGUGGACUCCACGCACCCUCCAAACAACACAUACACACUCUCAUACACACACUGAUGAGUGCACACCGCACACACUGAUGAG